CUUAAGAUCGCCUCCCAAAGGAAAACAAUGAACUUUAUUCCUCGUUCGGAAACAUUUUGUCACAGAUGAACUUCUUUGAUCGCUUAAUGCUGGUCAGAGAAUUAACUCGUCUCUUCUUUCCAAACAACUGAUGAAUCUCAAGACAAAAAUUAUGCCUUAAGAUGAGAAAUAUUUUACCUAUUGUUAUUUUGUGCUCUUCUGCAGUUUUUCUAAUCUUCAACUGGUACUGGAUGUCCAAAUAUUUUCGUAAUACUUGGAAAAAUGGAGGAGUAUUUUCAUCUGUUGAGGACUGCAGAUCUGCUCGUCGGCACGAUGUUUUUAUGUGUGAAAAAUGCAAAUCGAAAGAAAACAAGGUUUUAAUUAACAAGACAGAUGUGCCAGAACUACUCGGAGAUGUGUGUUUAAAGCGUGCUCAUUUGUAUGGUACGUUACCAAGAAAUGAAAAAUUUUUGACAAUAGCGAUUCCAACAGUUCUAAGGAGAAAAGAAAAUUAUCUUCGCACAACAUUAGAAUCCUUAUUAAAGAAUAUGGAUGCUGAAGAACAUGAAUUAGUUAUCAUACUGGUACUCUUUGCAGACAGCGAUGCACAGCUACGAACAAAACGAGCCAAAGAAACUGCUCUUCAGUUUUCGGACUCGGUAGGUUCUGGUUUACUACUUUUGGUUCAACUUUUACCCGAAUAUUACCCCGAAAGUAAAAUAACACGACGGACGUUUAAUGAUUCUAUGGACAGAAUUAAAUGGAGAUCAAAACAGGUCUUAGAUUUUGCCUUUCUCCUUAACUGCUCCCAGAACUUAUCGAAAUACUUCCUGAUUUUGGAAGACGAUAUUAUUGCUACAAAGGAUUACGUGUCUGCUAUACAGAAAUUCGUUAAUUCGAAAUCCAACAAUGAUUGGGUAUCUUUGACGUUUUCUGGAUUUUACAUCAUAGGAAGGCUUUUCAGAACCGAAGACUUAAAGAAACUUAGUAAUUUUUUACUCAUGUUUCAUUUAGAAAAACCUGUCGAUCUACUGAUUAUGCAAUAUUUAGAUCUUUUGGUGCCAAGCACCGAAUACGUUACGCGUAGAAUACCUGGACUGUUCCAACAUAUAGGACUCUUUUCGUCACUUGAUGGAAAAGUUCAAAAGGCAAAAGACAGAAGUUUCUCGUCCAGCCCUCGGGUAUUUAAUUUUGAAAAUCCUCCAGCGGACGUUGUAACCACUUUGAAAGUCUACAAAAAGCAUUAUCCAGAAUCCUGUUACUAUCCUUCCAAUAAAUUCUUCUGGGGUAGCGCUCCCAAAGUCAAUGAUACUUUUGAUGUCAUUCUCCGUAAAUCUACGAAAAUCAAAAGAAUAUUUAUAAAUUCCGGGCACAAGUCACAUCCAGAAGACGUAAUUAAAUAUGCCGAGCUGCAAAUUUCUCCUUAUUACGAGAAUAUGAUCACAGAUAGAAAAGCACAUUGUAAAGAAUUUCGUGCAGUAGCUGUGUUUGAGAAAGGCAAAGUAGACGUCUCGUCCAAUUUUACAUCAAGACUGGAACAGGUACAAUGCUUGAGAAUUGAAUUUACAAAGAAACAGACAAACUGGAUAAUUAUAAAUGAAAUUUCCAUUGACGCUGACAAUCCUUUCGAAAAUCAUUGACCAGAAACCUUAUAAGAAAUUUCAGUAGAUAUUUAAGAGGGUUUUCUAGCUUCCAAUAUCCGAUCUUAUAGUUUUGUGAGUUUUUAAUUUUAAACAAUGAAAUUUUAUUUUAUCUUGAUCAGUACACGAUUCUAAUUCUCUUUAAAUCAAACAAUAUAUAUUGUUGUACAUCACUUGUAAACAUUAACAUUUUUAUAUCGAAAGCAUCCCAAGAACUUCCUCGGAAUAUCGUGAGGAUGUUGCUCAUGGGAUAAGUACACAUCCUUUAGGAUAUCCCGGAGUAUCGACGUAACCAUCGACACACAUCCUACCAAGUGCUUAAUAUCACAUACCAGUAUAUCCUCAGUACAUCCUGACUAGGUCCUAUCGAUAGCACACGGGAUGUUAUCGGGUUUGAAGUUCUACUUACUACAUCCUCAGGACAUCCCAAAAUAUCUCCCUAACCUGCUAAAUACAUUUUCCUGAGUGUUUAGUAUCACAUUCCAGUAUAUCCUCAGGACAUCCUGACUAGAUCCCAUAGAUAGCGCACGGGGUGUUAUCAGAUUUGAAGUCUUAUUAAUGCAUCCUCGAGAAAUCCCAGUACAUCCCAGUUUCCUCCUAAACACGUUCUUCCAAAUUAGUAACUUCACAUCCCAAAAUAUCCCUAAUACAUCCUCACUGGCUAGUGUCAUAUCCAGGGCGUCAAAGGGCCAUGAGCAACCCCCUUUUUUGUAUACACAUUUAUAAAAAAUAAAGAUGACAUUAUUUUGCUAAUAUUCUUAUUGAAGAAAGUUUGUUUUGAUUUCCUUCCGUAUUCUUUCUUAUCCAAAGAGAUCACACAUGCCUGUUCUGUUAAUGCUUAUGCCUAUCAUUCA